AUGAGGAUUUACACGCUAUCAUUGUUCGUCGCGGCUGCCGCUGCCCAAGCAGCUCCUGCAAACCCCCUCCCCUUCAACGGAUGGUACGCUGAUCCCGAGAUCCGCGAGUACGACUCUGUCUUCUGGAUCUUCCCCACCACGUCAAUCGUCUUCGAGGACCAGAAGUGGUUCGAUGCCUUCUCGUCUCCAGAUCUUAUCAACUGGACCAAGCACCCCAAUGUCUUGACGACUGCGGCCAUCAGCUGGGCUCAAGACAGCCUGUGGGCUCCGGCUUCCAUCCGCGGGACUGAUGGAAGGUACUAUUUCUAUUUUAGCGCGAACGGUCUUCGGAGUCAAGACACCACAGCCGGGCUGGGCGUUGCGGUCGCUGAUGUCCCCGAGGGUCCUUACAAGGACGCACUGGGCCGCCGGCUCUUGGAUAGCGUCAUAAAUGGGGCCAACCCGAUGGAUCCGGAUGUGUUUGUGGACGACGAUGGUGUGACAUACUUCUACUUCGGCGGCAGCGCCGUCAAUGUCGGGCUUCUCAACGAGGACAUGGUCAGCUUCCGGCCGUUCCCAGACUCCAACUCGACCUUCAAGGACAUCACCCCGUCCCCCAGCUUCGUAGAAGGCACCAAGGUAUUUAAGCGCAACGAUAUCUAUUACAUGUCAUGGUCUGAGAAUGGCUAUGGCGAUCCCACAUAUCAGGUUGCGUACGGUACGUCUUCUUCACCUCUGGGCCCGUUCACGCCCCGGGGUGUUAUACUCGCGCAGAAUGCGAGCGUGGCAGUGGCAACUGGUCACAAUGGCAUUUUGAAUCUGCCGGGGACGGACGAGUGGUACAUAGUCUACCAUCGCCGACCACUAAAUGAGACGGAUCCGAAUCAUAGGGUAGUUGCCAUCGAUAGGUUGUAUUUUGGUGAGGACGGGGAGGUUCAGUCUGUUGUGAUCACAUAG